AUGGCUCCUUUGCGACUGCGCUUUCUGGCGGUGAAGCUAACAGUUUCGUUGCUUCAAGUCGUACUCCGCAUUGUGCCAGAGCCUCCCGGCUCGUACUUUUCCCCCCACAGUGGCGCGAGGCUAGAACAGCCAAGAAAAAAAGACAGUCGAAGACAAGCACACGGCAUUGGCACAGACACGACGGGGCAUGAUCUUUGCCGUCCGCCUAUUGUUUCGUUCUUUGUUUGUACAUCGUCUGUCGUCCCUCGCUGGUUUUGCAUUUACGACGCGUCUGUUGCGGAACGAACAGCCGGCGACGAAAGGGGCGGUUGUGUGGACGAAGAAAAUGAGAACAUGGACGGCGAUACGACCAAAGGAAACGGGCGAAAUGCGGACCGGCCGGCUGUCUGUUAG